GCCACUGAGAGCUGGUGAGAGGACACCACAAGGGAGUAUCUGCAUGGGGAGGACAAUACAUUUUCAGCUCAUUAAGCUGUAUAAACAAAUGGCUUACUGUUGGAGAUGCUAGGUGUCAUGAUGAGGGCUGAAAGACUUUGGGAAGAUCAAUAAAUCCAGAUGGGCAGUGGAGAAGCUUUAAAGGGACUCCAUUAAAUUAACUUAAAGAUGACAACAACCAGCUUAAGUGGAGGCCUUGUUUCUCAUCAACACAGAGUAAAGGAUCAGAAGAGAGACUGAGAAAGAUGGGCAACGCUAUGCGAGGAGUCAUCGCCUUUAUUCCCUCCGAACGCUGCCAGCGCUACCUUGUGGGAGACCUGAAGGAGAUGCCGCUGGACCGAACCCUGGACCUGAGCAGCCAUCAGCUGCGGCGGUUGCCUGUCACCGCCUGUGUCUUUGAUGAGCUGGUGAAGCUUUACCUGAGUGAUAACAACCUCAGUAGCCUACCGAAUGAACUGCAGGAUCUGAGGAAGCUGCAACUUCUCGCUCUGGACUUCAAUUGCUUUGAGGAGCUCCCUGCAGCCAUUUGCAGGUUGCGCCAGCUCAGCAUCCUCUACCUCGGCAACAACAGGCUGCAUCGCCUUCCCAGAGAACUAAAAGAGCUCAAGGAACUUAAUACUCUGUGGUUGGAGACUAACUGCUUCAUUGAUUUUCCCAAGGUAGUGUGUGAGCUCACAAAUCUUAAGACGCUACACUUUGGUUAUAAUCAAAUACAUAGCUUGCCAAAAGAUCUGAGGCGGCUACAGGAACUAAAAAGUAUCUGGCUUCCUGGGAACUUGCUGACAGAGUUCCCACCAGAGUUGCUUGAAAUGCAUUCUCUGGCUAUUAUUGAUGUAGAUCGGAACAAAAUACGACAAUUCCCAAACAUGUCCCACAUGCAGGGCCUGAAACUGGUCAUUUAUGACCACAACCCCUGUGUUAACGCCCCGAUGGUGGGUGAGGGGGUCAGAAGGGUGGGCUGCUGGGCUGACAUUACAGAUGACGGACAGGAAGAUGACGGAAGCAAAGAAGGGAGGGAGGACACAACUGAGAUGGCAGAGGUCCACUCGGAGGAGAAGCAAAACAAUUUAGAAGCAAGAGAGUGACAUUCAGCUGUAAUGGAGCCUGAGUACGAGGCGACUUCAGUGGAGUCAUUAAACCAGAGUGUCAUGGGAAACAUACUUCUGGUGUUUGGCCCACAGUAAGGCUGAUUGAUUAUUGCCGAGUUGGAAAAAUUUUUGGUGCCUUAAAAUAAUAUGUGGCACCAAUAGAGAAACAAACGUAUUGACCACUUCAUCAGGAACCCCUUUUGUCUUCAGCACACCUUAAUGUUUUAUAGCAUAGAUUCAACAAGGUGUCAUAAACAUUCCUUGGAGAUCUUGGUCCAUUUUGACAUGAUAGGCAUCCAGGAUGCAAAUCCCCCACUCUCCACAUCCCAAAUCUGGUGAAUGUGGAAGACAGUGGAGCACAAGGACCUUAUUGUCAUGUCCAAGAAACAAGUUUGAGAUGAUUUGAGCUUUGACAUGGUGCAGUUAUGAUGCUGGAAGUAACCAUCAUAAGAUGGGUGCACUGUGAUCAUGGUCAGCGACAAUACUCUGUUAUCUACUAUAUAGAAAGGAUGUGGUGUUUAAACAAUGCUCAUCUGGUACUAAACGGCCCAAAGUGUGAUAAGAAGACAUCCACUACACUGUUAAACCACCAACACCACCCUGAAUCAUUGCUAUCAUGGUAUUUUUCCACAUUUUGUUUAAAUUGAAAAUACACAGACCAGGCAUCUUUUUUGCAACCUGUUUUGUUGAGCUUGUGAAAAUUGUUUCCUCAGUUCCCUGUUCUUAGCUGGCAGGAGUGGCACAUCGUAUGGUCCACAGCUGUUGUAGUCCAACUGCUUCAAGAUUCAACAUUUUUAGAGAUUAUAUUCUGCAUACCAGAGUGGCUUUGUGAGCUACUGUUGCUUUUUUUUAUCAUCGUGAACCUGUCUGCCAAUUCACCUCUCACCUCUGAUAUCAAGUAAUUUUUAUUCAUGCUGCUCUCUUUCUCGCCCCAUUCUCUGUAAGUCCUAGAGAUGGCUGUACGUGAAAAUCCAAUCAGAUUAGCAGUUUCUGAAAUAUUCUGACCAGGCAGUCUGGUGCCAAUAACAGUGCCAGGUUCAAUGUGCCUAAAAUGCCCUUUCCGACGCUUGGUGGGGACUUCGCAAGUCGUCUUCCCCAUGUAUGAAUGCUUAAACAGAUUGGGUUGCUAAGUGUGUUAAGAAGCAAUUUAAUUGGUGUACCUAAUAAAGUUUUAAUAAUUCCAAUGAAAUCAAAUCUUUUUAGGAAUGAAGUUGGACCUCUUUUAUCCCAAAGUGCAAGACAGUAUUUCAAAUACUUUUAAAGGUAUUGUUUGAAGUUUGGUGUUUUCUUUCAAAAUUGUGAGUGUUUGCAGGACAGAAAUCAAUACUUUUCAUCUAAAUAUGCAUGCUGCUGUGUCAUCUACUUAUCCAUAGUUGAAAAUCUAAUCACAAUUACAUUAUCUUAACUCACUGUGUGUGGGGGUGUUAACUCAGUGAUAGAAAGCAGAUAUAAAAUUAGCUUUAAUUCUAAAAUAGCUUCUGUACCUUCUGAGGCUAAAAAAAGUCUUUAAUACAAGUGAUGAAUAGUCUGAGUCACAGGGUGCACUCAUUAUCCAGACAAAUGCAUAAUUCAUUUGAUAAAUUGGGACUGUGGUUUUAAAAAAAGGCCACUAAUGGGAUUUAAUAUCAUCACCCAAAGCUUAUGGUUUGAAAGAGCCAAUAAAUGCAUGUUUCUACUUGUUCAUAGUACCAGGAAAUGUUGUCUAAAUGCAAAUAAAUGCCACUCUGCAGUACAGGAUUUGAUGCAUUUGGGACUUGCUUUUAACGAAGCACACAAACAGACAUUAAAAGGGCUGUGAAUCAUUUAUCCAUCUAGGAAUGUAAUCAUUUAUAAUCUAGAACUUUUCACUCAGCUUUGAAUUACAUGUAGAAACUACUCAUUGUGUGUGCUGUAGCAUUGCAAUAACACUGUAUGUUACAUACUUUCUUCUUGUCAUGUUAUGUCCUGACACACUUACAGCACCAAUAAUUACCUGCAAAGAUUUUCAACAUAUGUGGGACCUUUUUUAGAAUUUUCAAUUUUGGCCUCUGCUUAAGUUCUGUUUGCAAACCAGGCUUUAACAUGUAGUUUUAUCAUUGUUGAAGGAGAUAAAAUGCACAUUCUUUGCCCUGUUAUUAAACAGACUUUUAUUGUUAUCGAGAUCUACAGACUGCUUACAUUUAUACCAGUUUUAUAUCUUGAAAUUGAUCAAUCUUUGUAAACUUUGUCACUUGGAUUUUUUUCUGUGAAGUUUUUUUUAUUAUUACCUUGCACUUUCUAUUUUUUUAUCCAAAAAUCGCCUUUUCAUCUGACCUUUAAAAUAAUUUGCAAUUCAAAUCCUAGAUAUUUCAUAUUUAUGAAAGAUAGAGCCACAUAACAGCAUAUGUUUGAAAUCAAAAACACCCUCCACACUUAUUGGCACUAUUGGUAAAAAUAUGGAAAACCUUAAAAUAAACGUGUUUUUAUUGCAGUAGCAUAAGCUCAAAAUGAAUUUCUGGUGGAAAAUAUCACAUUAAAAAAUUUUUCUUUUCAUAAUAUCAUGUCCACAAUUAUUGCUACUACUGUUGUUAAUAUCUUGCACAGACCCUUACUGCCAAUGCAACCAGAUUUUGUUUUAUUUUUUAACAUUUGACAUGGUUUAAGCAUAAAAAGAGAGGGAUAUUUGACCAGUGCCAAAUGUGUCUAGCUCAUUCAGACUCCUGGGUGUUCUCUUCUAUUCAUCCACCCCACAAGUUUUUAAAUGGAAUUUGUUUUGGGGACUGAAAUGAAAGUGAACUGAGGUUCCUUUUGCAGCCGAUGAACUAUUUCUAUGAUAAUUUGGCUAAAUUUUACAUCAUUAUCCUAUUGAAGGUCUCAAUGUGUUUGGUUCAUUGGCCGAUUCCACAGUCUAAUGGUAUUUCAAAGAGUGCUUAAUGCCCUGUGGUCAAAAUAGGUUUCCAGCCUUUGGAAGUGAAACAGGCCCAAAGCAUUACAGAUCCUCCACCAUACCUAACAGUGUUUUUUUUUUUUUCCAAAUGUUCAUCGUUUACUCUACACAUUUCCCCCUGAAUUAUUUCAUUCAACUUCUAUACUGCUUAUUCCAUAGUGGGUCACGGGGGAGCUGGUACCUAUCUCCAGCAGUCUAUGGGCGAGAGGCAGGAUACACCCUGGACAAGUCACCAAUCCAUUGCAGGGCAACACAGAGAACUACAGGACAAACAACCAUGCACACACUAAUUCACACCUAAGGGCAAUUUAGAGAGAUCAAUUAACCUAACAGUCAUGUUUUCGUACUGUGGAGAGAACCCACCCAUGAGAAUAUGCAAACUCCAUGCAGAAAGACCCCCAGCUGGGAGUCGAACCUAAAUUUGCUGCAAGUUUAACAGUGAAAUUUCUCUUCCCCAAUGCAAUGUAAACAUCCAAAACCUAUUACUCUAAUUGUACAUUUGGGCAAAUAGUUAUUCCCUUGCAGCAAUCUCCUUGACGUAUACACUUCUCUUGCUUGAAUUAAAUGUUUUUUUGUCUUUGCCGUUUUGAACAGUGACCAACAGAAAUAGGCUUCUGUGCUGCGUCAUAUUGGGUUCUACUGGAUGAGUCAUACAUGAGAUCUUGGAUUGAUUUUAGUAGCAUGGGAAGGUUUAUGACGGUCACAUGUUUUCUCCAUUUUUGGAAAAUGGCUCUCUUUAUUGUUUGCUUAAGUCCCAAAGCCUUAAAUUAACUUUGUAAUCCUUCACAGA